AGCCGUCUCCAUAUCCUAUCAUUUUCUUCUCUCUCUCUCUCUCUCUAAAAAAAAGAAUCCGGUGUAGUUUUUACUGUUUUAGUUAGUGGACUGCUUACAUCUAUCCUACUCUGAUUACCUCAGCUGGGAGACUCUGAACUGAUCUCUCUCUCUCUCUCUAAACACACUAUUAACUUUCCAUUGCGUAACGCUUCGGGAACGCCAUUUCGAGCCCCAAAAAAGCUUAAACUUCAGUUUCCCUUUCUGGGAAUUGCUGAUACAUUGCAGAAGAAAAGCUUCACAUUUUCUUCCUCCAAUGGAGUCCACUAGACUCUACCCACUUCUCUUCUUCUUCGUCUCAGCUUUAUGGUUUCCUGUAAUGGUAACUCCACUGGGAGUAAACUACGGCCAAAUAGCAAACAACCUCCCAUCUCCAGACGACGCCGUUCAGUUAGUCAAAUCCAUCGGCGCGACGAAAGUCAAGCUCUACGACGCCGAUCCGAAGGUCCUCCGUGCGUUCGCCAACACGGGAGUGGAGUUCAUGGUGUGCCUGGGCAACGAGUACCUGUCCAAGAUCCAGGACCCGGCCCAGGCCCAAUCCUGGAUCAAGUCCAAUGUCCAGGUCCACCUCCCGGCGACGAAGAUCACCGCUAUCUUCGUCGGCAACGAGGUCCUCACCUUCAACGACACCUCCCUCUCGGGAAACCUCCUUCCGGCGAUGCAGAGCGUCCACGCCUCCCUCGUCGACCUCGGCCUCGACAAGCAAAUCACCGUCACCACAGCUCACUCUCUCGCGAUUCUAGAAUCUUCUUAUCCUCCUUCUUCUGGAAAGUUCCGCCGUGACCUGAUCAACUGCAUUACUCCGAUCUUGAGCUUCCAUCUCAAGACCGGAUCUCCAUUUCUGAUCAAUGCUUAUCCUUAUUUCGCUUACAAAGGGAAUCCGAAGCAAGUCUCGCUCGAUUUCGUGCUUUUUCAGCCGAACCAGGGGGUUCUAGAUCCGGCGACGAAUUUCCACUACGACAACAUGCUGUUCGCGCAGAUCGACGCGGUUCACUCGGCCUUGGACGCCGUCGGAUACAAUAAGCUUCCGGUGCACAUCUCUGAGACCGGAUGGCCGUCGAAGGGAGACGCAGACGAGGCCGGAGCGACGCCGGAUAACGCCAAGAAGUACAACGGGAACCUAAUCAAGACAAUAUGCCAGAGGAAAGGGACGCCGAUGAGGCCGAAUUGCGAUCUCAAUAUCUACGUCUUCGCUCUGUUCAACGAGAAUAUGAAGCCAGGUCCGACGUCGGAGAGGAAUUACGGGCUUUUCAAGCCCGACAGGACUCCGGUGUAUUCGCUCGGGAUCUCCACGAGCUCCACCACCUCCGUCGGGAACACGACGUCGAGUUCCGGUUCUGGUUCCGGUGGGUCUGGUACGCCGGCGAGCUCUGGCUCGUCGUUUCCGUCGACGGCGAAUUCUUCCAGUACUGGCUAUUUGUCUAUUUCCUCUGCCGUUUCCACUGGGAAGGACCAUUUGCAUUUGUUGCCAAAGGUUUUGGCUCCAUGCCUCCUUUUGAUAGGAUUAUUUCUUUGAAUUUGAAGACAAAGAAAGAGGCCUAAUUAGGAGCCAGCCAGAGGUUGAAAAGCAAAAGAAAGAAAGAAGGAAAAAAAAAAAAAAAAAAAAAA